UAGUUACGGGUGCUUAGCUACUACCUAGGGGCAAAAAGGAAGGAUCUUUUCGUGCUCUACUUCUUCAGACCAUUUCACCAGCUUUUGUCGUUGCGAUUCGAUCAUGGCAUGCGAUGCUCUUGGAAGGUAAUCGCGGAUUUCGAAGGGCGGCGUCGAGUGUCCUCGCCCCCGGAGUUCUCGAAUUCGAUUGGUAGCUAUGCUGCGGAGGCUCGUCUUAUCGCGCUUCCCUGUAUGUCGGAAACCCCCCGGUUAUCUUCCCAUUGGCUCGCCGCGGAUCGUGCCUCGGCGAGUUCACACGAAUGCAGAAGCAAACGCCAACGCGAUCGUCGUUGCGUUGUCCAAUUCGCUUCGGCAGGGCUGGAGUUGGGAUGCUCUGAAUCGAAAAUUCGAGUAUCUUGCGUUGGACGAUGCCCUCGUUGAGCGAGUGCUGCUGGAGUUGAAGGAGCCGGCCGAUGCGAGAUGCGCCUUGGGGUUUUUCCACUGGUCGGCGAAGGAGAGGAAAUUCGAGCACGGGAUUCGGUCGUAUUGCGUGGUGAUCAACAUUUUGGUUCGGGGCCGGCUGAUCAGGGACGCGAAAGCGUUGAUCGAAUCGGUCCUCAAAAGAAGUGCCGGGGAGUCAUCGAAGCUCUCUGUUGCGGAUUCGCUGCUCGAUAGCUAUAAGAUUGCUGUUGGGACCCCUUUGGUGUUUGAUUUGCUUGUACAGGCUUACGCUAAGCAGAGGAUGUUCGAGAUUGGGUUUGAUGUUUGCUGUUAUUUAGAGAAACAUGGGUUCUCUUUAAGCCUUGCCACUUUCAAUACUUUGAUUAAUGUGAUCCAGAAAUCUGAUCAGAAUCCUCUUGUUUGGAGGAUCUACGAGCAUAUGAUAAAAAGGAGAACUUAUCCAAGCGAAGCAACGACCAGGAUUAUGAUCGACUCGUUGUGUAAGGAAGGGAAACUGCAGAUGUUUGUGGACAUGUUAGACAGGAUUCAUGGGAAGAGAUGCGCUCCGUCAGUUAUUGUUAGUGCCAGCUUACUUCAUAGAAUUCUCGAGCAAGGUAGAAUUGAUGACGCAAUGGUGUUGCUGAAGAGGAUGUUGCAAAAGAACAUGGUUUUCGAUACUAUUGCCUAUUCAAUGAUUAUUUACUCUAAGGUAAUGAUUGGGGACAUUGAUUCUGCAUGGAAAGUUCAUGAAGAAAUGCUCAAGAGAGGUUUCAAUGAAAACUCGUUUGUGUAUACUAAAUUUAUAGGAGCAUACUGCAGGACUGGAAAAGUUGAAGAAGCAAAGAACCUGAUGGAAGAAAUGGGAGACAAAGGUCUGAAACCAUAUGCUGAGACUUAUGAUCUUCUCAUUGAAGGGUUGGCUAAGUCUGGGAGAGUUGAUGAGAGCUUAAGCUACUGUAAGAAAAUGCUGGAUAUGGGACUUUCUCCUACCUGUUUGGCUUUCAAUGAGAUGGUAGCAAAGCUGUGUGAAAUGGGAAGUGUGAAGCAGGGUAAUGAGAUGCUUACGCUUCUGUUGGAUAAUGGGUUCUCACCAGACGAAGCCACGUACUCCCUAUUAAUUUCUGGCUAUUCGAGAGAAGGCCAUGGUGAUGAAGUGCUGAAGCUCUAUUAUGAGAUGAAGCACAGAGGAUUGCCCCGUGGAUCAGUGGUUUUUACCUCUUUGAUUAGUAGCCUCUGCCGAUGUGGAAAGUUAAGUGAAGCUGAGAAGUAUCUAGGAUACGUGGAUGCUCCUUCACUACCCGAAAACGUGAACCUUUAUAAGACACUGAUUGCGAGCUAUCUUGAGAGAGGUGACAAAAGAAAGUGUCUUCAGAUCUAUAAUGAAAUGGAAUCGAAAGGGUUGAAGCUGUCUCUUUCGGGCAUCAGCAAUGAACUUGCUCAACUUCUCCCAGUGCCGAAGGAAUCUGUUAACACUGCCAUCUGUUAACAAAAACAAUCUUUUUGAAUUUUUCUGCAAUGUGCAAAUAGAACCAUGAGGCCAGAUUUUUGGGAAGGAACCGUGCAGAAGCCUGGGAGACUACAAUUCAGUACCCCCUCUACUCCAUUACUAUCCAAUGAGAAGCUCUCAGGCAUCUUUAUAUUUCAAGCUACAAAUUAUAUUCUUGAUAAUCUUCUACACUGAAUUGGUUGGGGCUAAAAGCGGAGUGCCUAUGGUCACACUCCUUUGGAUGUGAUUUGCAAAAUUUACUCUGGAGCCCACAAGAAGCUCAGUCUUGGAAUGUCUUCCUAACAAUGGCGCCCUUUGAACAUGCCCUUAUUUGUAAUAGCUGAACAUGUUGUCACUUUUUCAGUUCUCAUUUUUGCGUUGGUCAGGGAAGAUUGCUUGGCCCAGAAGAAACUGGUCAUGGGCAUCGGGACGCAGGAGUCCUACUCCUACUAACCGGAGAAGACCUAUCUGCUUUGAUGGCAUAAACUCAGCUGAGUAGUACAGAAGAGCAAUUGUUGCUGGAAAGACUUGGGAGAGAGUGGAGCUACUGCCUCUCCCGACAGACUUUGGUUGUUACAAACCAGAUGGCUGCUCUGUUAUGCGCACAUUGGAGAAGCAAGGUGGCUCUCGAAGUUUCUGCGGU